CCAACUGAGUAUCAGACUGUAGCUGCCUGCAUGCCAGUAGAACGCACAGUAAGUGCUGAGCACGAUGUAGACAGAAGGGAUGCACUUUAAUUGUCAAAUGGAACUACUGUUGUAUGAACUGAAGCAUAUUAUUACAAGUUUGGAAUGAGCUUCGGAUCGCCCGUGAAGGCUUAAAAUACUAACGAAAACGAACAAAUUCCCCUGGAGUAUUUAGACAAUCAUUUGCCAUCAUGGUGAUCAUGACAGAGGGUGGCUCGGUGUCUCAGUCGAGUUGUCCGAACGUCAGGCCUCUUCAGGUCGGCUUCUAUGAAAUCAUACGAACGCUGGGGAAAGGAAACUUCGCCGUGGUCAAACUGGCCAGGCAUAAAGUGACUAAAACGCAGGUUGCUAUCAAAAUCAUCGACAAGACGAGACUGAACUCCUCCAACCUGGAGAAGAUCUACAGAGAAGUCCAGAUCAUGAAGCUCCUAAACCAUCCCCACAUCAUCAAGCUUUACCAGGUCAUGGAGACCAAAGACAUGCUGUACAUUGUCACAGAAUAUGCAAAAAACGGAGAGAUGUUUGAUUAUCUGACAUCCAAUGGGAGGAUGAGUGAAGGUGAGGCACGGAAGAAGUUUUGGCAGAUCCUGGCGGCAGUUGACUACUGUCACAGACAUCACAUUGUGCACAGGGACUUGAAGACGGAGAACCUCCUUCUAGAUGCCAACAUGAAUAUCAAGCUGGCAGACUUUGGCUUUGGGAACUUCUACAAUGCAGGAGAGCCUCUGUCGACCUGGUGCGGAAGUCCUCCCUAUGCGGCACCUGAGGUCUUUGAGGGGAAGGAGUACGAGGGGCCCCAGCUGGAUAUUUGGAGUCUGGGCGUGGUUCUGUAUGUGCUGGUGUGUGGCUCCCUGCCUUUUGAUGGCCCAAGUCUCCCUGCACUGAGACAAAGGGUCACAGAGGGGCGGUUCCGAAUUCCUUUCUUCAUGUCGCAAGACUGUGAGAACCUGAUCCGAAAGAUGCUGGUGGUGGACCCAGCCAAGCGGAUCAGCAUUGCCCAGAUCAAGCAGCACCGCUGGAUGCUGGCAGACCCUGCAGCCCCAUGCCAGACACUGUCCCUGUCCAUCACAGACUACAACUCCAACCUGGGUGACUACAGCGAACCCGUGCUAAGCAUCAUGCAGACACUGGGCAUCGACAGGCAGAGGACCAUCGAGUCCCUCCAGAACAGCAGCUACAACCACUUCUCUGCCAUCUAUUACCUGCUCCUGGAGAGGGUAAAGGAGCACCGCAGCCACCAGCUGAGCCGACCAUGUGGGGCCUGGGCCACGAGGCCCCGCAGCACUUCCGACUCGGCCGCUCCUGAGGUGAUGACAGAAUCCUCUGACGGCUUCAAAUCGGCCUUCCCCUUCCCGGCAAAGCAGAGUAUACCCGUACAUUCUGAGAUGGAGUGUGAGUCCGGUGGCCUGUUCCAGCGCGUGGUCUUCCCUGUGGAGGCCAGCCUGAACGGGCUCCUACGGAACCGCUCCAUCUCCCCGAACAGCCUACUGGAGACCACAAUCAGCGAAGAGGUGCGCCCCCGUGACCUGGACGAGGACGAGGGGCCACAGGCAGCCUCCCCGCCUCACCUGCCCAGCAACACCUCCCGCCGACACACCUUGGCCGAGGUCUCAGCCCGCUUCCACCAGUGCAACCCUCCCUGUAUUGUGGUGUCCUCUGUCAGUCCCUCGGAUGGCGCCUCCUCUGACAGCUGCCUGAAGUCGUCCUCCUCCACUACAAGCCCCGUCCUGUCAACCCCCAUGGGCGGCCUGUCUGCCCUCCUGGCAUCCACAGCAGGCCCCGGCACCCUCACCCCCGCCGGUGCCCCCCUCACGCAGUCCUCUACCCUAAUGCUCCAGGCGAAGGGCUCCAUCCCCGGCGCCAACUUCCAGGAGGGACGCAGGGCAUCUGACACCUCCCUCACUCAAGGUCUGAAGGCUUUCCGGCAGCAGCUAAGAAAGAACACUCGCACCAAAGGCCUGCUGGGACUCAACAAGAUCAAGGGCCUAGCCAGACAGGUGUGCCCCCCGAGCUCCUGCCCCAGGGGCAGCCGUGGCUCCCUCGGACCAGCUCUGUGUGCCCCCUCAGGGCUCCAUAGCUCUACAGGCCCCCGGGACCGUCGCAGCCUGCUGGAGGAGGUACUGCACCAGCAGAGGAUGCUCCAGAUGCAGCACCAGCAGCAGCAGCCCAUCCUCCUCUUCAGCCAGCAACACCCUCCUUCUCCCCCAUCUUCUGGCCUCUUCUCCCCAUCCCCCCUCUUCAGUGAGCCUCCUCCCCCUUCUCUCCUGCUGCCUGAGUCCCAACAGCCUCUGUCACAUGGCCAGGCCCCCCUCACUCUGCAACAUGUUCUCUGGCAGCAGCCUCCAGAGUCCUCCUCCUCCUCUUCCUCCUGCUCUUCAUCCACGUCCUGCACUCUGUCACCGGUGGCCUCGGCUGCCCACCUUCUGGAAGCUCGACUGCACAUCAGCACCCAGCCCCAGGCCCCACCCCUGACCCUGGCCCAGCUCCAGGCUCCACCCCAGACCCAGCCCCACAUCUCUUUCCUGCCGCGUCGGGGUGGCUGGAGCAACAGCAUGACGCCCAGUAGAGAGGUGGACAUGCAGGAGUUGGGGGCCACCAGCCAGCAGCAGCAGCUCAGCAGCUGCGUGAUGGUGAGAUAGAGGCGUACUUCCUGAGACCAUACAGAGGACAGCGGAUGAGUCUGCCUGAGAAACUGAAAGGUGCCCCCAUUUCAUUCCAUUGGUGGCUCGGUUCCCUUGCGUCCACUUGCGUACAUGGGUGUGUAUGUAAUCUGAGAUGAGCAAUAACCAAACUCCAGUGGAGGCCCUCAGCCUAGUCCAGACCCUCAGAAAAGCAAUACUGGACCUGGCCUGGGGCUUGUGGACUUUCUGUCUCAUGUCAUGGGACAGUGAGAGUGACUUGUCUCAUUUGAAACUCCAAGGACUAGUGUGUGCUGCUGCACUCAGUCCUUUCAGACAUGGUCACCAUGAUUGGAGGGUUUCCCCCCGAAAACAUAUUUCUGUAGGAAUGGCCCAGUCUUCCUGCCAAGUGUCCACCUUUACUGACAGGACCAUGCCCUCUUUUAUUUGGAAGUGAUCUUUUUUUUUGUUAGAAACCAAAGCUUCUUUGUUUUGUUUUCCGUUUGAUUAUUCACUGCAGAAAAAAAAAUCUUUAAAAUGUGCAGUGUCAAGAAAUUCAGAAAGUUUUAAACAAGUUGAAACAAUAACAUUAAUAGCAGCUUUUUGUUAUUCAUGCUCUUGUUUAUUUUCAAGCAACAGAAUAACUGCAUAACUCUGCUGCUCAGAAAACAACAAUGAUAAAUCACUGGCACAGCUGCAUCAUUAGAAGCUAAAGGAUAUGCUAACUUAUUAACUAAAGCACAAUAGGUACUGUUUGGGGUUUCAUUUUAAAAGGUGGCUAUUGGUAAGCUAUGAACCUUUACGUCACUGAAUAUAGAGACAGAGAGGACUUGUUUUAUUAUGUGGCACAGGCUUUGGUGUGGCAGGAUGGCUCUUAAGAGCUAGCCUUUUCUGUUUUGCUUCAAGUACAUUUUGAAAAAACUCAAUUAUUGCUGCCUCUCUACAGUCUACAAAACAGCAGCAGAAAGAGUGUUUCAUCACUCUGUAUCUUCCUUUACAAAGCUGAAUACCUGGUUGUCAUGACUACAACAUUGUAAUUGGUCUCAUGCCGUGUUUCCUGGGCGGGUCACCAGACACUUGCCAUGUUCAUGUUGUCACUGUGCCGCCAUCCUACUGAGAAGUCCAUGCUCUCUGUGUCCACCAUGAUGAGGUUUUAACUAAAACAUACAGACCAAACUGCAGAGACUACAUCCUUUUCAGUAUCGUGGGAGUAUUUUUGCUUUCAGUACAAAUCACCCUUUCUCUGGUAUGUCUGCCAGUAACCUGUGCUAAUUUUGUAUUAAUGGAUCCUCAAAAUUAGGAUUCAUAAAGAUCAAAUUAAUGUAAUCCCUUGUAUGAUAAUUUAACAAACAUUUAUUCAUAGUUGAGAUUGAGUAACACAUAUUUAAAGAUUUACACACCUAUGCAGCCAUUGGGAAUGAACUGGUUUGCUUGGUUUGUUCUCAUCUGAGUUCCCCACCUUGCUUUUCUUUUUUGAUGUUUUACUGUAGACAUCUUUCCAUAUAGAGAACAAAGAUCCUGGGAUGUGUGCAAUAUUUCACAUUGAAAUUCAAAGAAAAAACUGACAUAGGAAACUGUUGAGUUGUGCAAGCUUAUGAUCAUUUAUCUUGUGUGUUUGUGUAUUUUUCCAUUUUUGUACGAAUUGAGGCAAUUUUUCCACGUGUUCAUAGGAAUUGCUAUUCUGUAUCACCAAAUUUCUUUUAAUUCAGUAACUGAAGAAAAAAAUUCUCGUGUUUGUGUUGUUAAAAGCAGAAUAACAUAGACAAAGGUACUCGCUGUCAACACCUGCUCAAGGUCCCAGACCAUUUCCUGCUUCAUCUCCCUCUCUCACACAGGUUGCCUUCGUGUCCUAGCUGGCUUUGUAGCAAAAUGACAGUAUUAGAAUAAGCCAAAGAGAAGUGGUGUGGAGAUGUACUGCUGCUGUGUGUGUGACCCACUGUUAUGUGAAGGAACAGAGACAGGGUUAAUUUUUAAAUGGUGAUCUCAGCUAUUGGGGUUAAUGGUGAGGAGUGACUCUACUUGCAAAAGUGGAGUUUUCACUCUCACAAGAAUGAUGUUAGCAUUUUUUUACCCAUGUGUCAUUUUUGUAACUCUUUUUUUAAAAGAGUUGAAAACUGCACUUAGCAAUAGACUUUUCCUGGACUACUUAUUGUACAGUAUGUCAGGUUGAAAGGGUUUUUCAAGAAAGUGUUUGAGACAGUAAGCAGUGUUGCCUGGUGGGUUUAUUUAUUGUUAUGUAUUUGAUGAGACAUUUUACAAUGCCACCUUGACUUUUUACGCACUGCAUUUCCACUGUAUUUGUACAAUAGUAUAAAUACUGUUAUAUUUUUUUCUUUGUCGUUUGUUUAAAAUGAUGGCCUAUUAACCACACCUUCCCAGUGGUGACUUCUUCCUUGAGUCUUCCAUGAUAUUUUCAUCAGGUUUCAAAGAAAAAAAAUUAAGUCAUGUUAGCUGAAUCACACUGACUGCUAAUGCCUGUGCCUUCUGAACAAAUCCAACAAAACAAUCAGAAGAAGGAAGAUGCUCCAGUUUUUGGACAGAUAUUCUUAGCAUGUUCUCAGGCACGUCCAGAGAACUUGAAAAGCACAUUAGAGAGGAAAAACAAAAGGUAUUGUCCAGCCUCAGGCCAGAGGUUCAAAAUCCCAGUUUUAAUAUUUUAAUUUAAUUUUCUAUUCUAAGAAUGCACUUUAUUUUGAAUAUUUCUCAUCCAAGAUUUUUAUCUUUCUCUUAUUGGUUUAGAAAAGUGUGUCUAGGUGGUGUUUUUGACCGAGGAAUAACUGUUAAAACACUACAGCUUAAUUUUCCAUGCUGAUGUGUGAAUUUUUUUUUUAUUUGCAUAUGCAAUUUGACUGAUGUCAAUGUAUGUAUGUGAAUG